AUGAUUCGUUGUCCAUUUCACUCAUUGACAUUUGCUCAGUACAUCAAGGUCGCGCGUGAUAUAACUUCUAGUUUUGCCUCAAGCGUGUUUAUGAAUGCAAAAAUGGAACGAGUUAUUCGCUUGCCCUCGACUGUAAAACCUAUUAAUUAUAAACUGGACUUUGUUCCAGACUUCACAAAGUUUAUUUUCUACGGACAUGAACAAGUUAUGCUAGAGGUUCUGGAACCAGCAAACCACAUAUUAUUUCAUGCAAAAGGACUUGAUGUCCAAGCUGUCGAAUUUGAAGGAAUUCCCGGCAUCGCUCAAGUUANUAACGAUCAGGAAUUGGCUCGUUUCAAUUUUCCAUCUGGUGUUCCCACUGGAAAAGGAAUCUUAAAGUUUAAUUUUAAAGGGAAAUUUAGUGAUGAUAUGCUGGGUCUCUACCGUAGUACUUAUAAGGAUGAAAGUGGCAAUGAAAUGAAUAUUCUCGCAACUCAAUUUGAGUCCGUUUUUGCUCGUCGAGCAUUUCCUUGCAUGGAUGAGCCUGAUAGAAAAGCAACUUUUGACAUAAGUAUUACUGCUUUGGAUAGCAAAACGGCGCUCUCUAACAUGCCUGAGAUUUCCCGUGAGAUUGUGCCAACCCCUCAAGGUCUUGUUGAACCCCCAGAUGGGCGCAACUACGUUAAGAUCACAUUUGAUCGUACUCCUUACAUGUCGACAUAUUUGGUUGCUAUGGUAGUUGGAGAUUUUGAGUAUAUCUCUUCCAAAGUUCCAACAGUUAAGGCAGCACAUCAAGUUAAUGGAGAGAAGGAAAAUGAAAUUGAUGUUAGGGUCUACACUCCCCUAGGGAAAAGAGAUUUCGGUCAGCAUGCUCUUUCCGUGGUAAUCAAGACUUUGCCCUUCUAUGCCGAGUUGUUUGGAGCAGCAUAUCCUCUUCCUAAACUCGAUUUAAUCGCAAUCCCUGACUUCGGUUGUGGAGCUAUGGAAAAUUGGGGCUUGGUAACUUAUCGUGAAACCUCAUUGCUGAUUGAUCCCCUCAAUUCCUCCCUGCGUUCCAAGCAACUGGUCGCUUUAACAGUUUCUCAUGAAGUGGCUCAUAUGUGGUUCGGCAACCUAGUAACCAUGUCUUGGUGGACAGAUCUCUGGCUCAAUGAGGGUUUUGCCACAUGGAUCGAGAAUUUGGCCACCGAUUACUGUUUCCCCGAAUAUGACAUUUGGGUAGAAUAUUUAUUUUCUGCUUCAAUAACAUCCUUUGUGGCAGAUGAUUACAUUCGUGCUUUGCGUUUGGAUGAACUCAGAAGCAGCCAUCCCAUUGAGGUCGAGAUUGUAGCAGCUCAUGAUGUGGAAGAAAUUUUCGAUGCCGUGUCAUAUCAGAAGGGUUGUUGUGUUAUUCGUAUGCUCCAGAACUAUAUGGGCUUUGAACAUCAAAGGGACUGUACCGUAAAACUUUCCAUCUUUUCUUUCCUCAGAAAUUCCAAGCUGGUCUUCGUAUUUGAAAAAUUCCAAGCUGGUCUUCGUAGUUAUAUCCAGCAGUACAAGUACUCCAAUGCUAGCACCCAAGACCUUUGGACUGCCUUAGAGACACAUGGUGUCUCGAAGAUUAGUGAAUUUAUGUCCAUUUGGACUAAGCAGACAGGUUAUCCAGUUGUGUGUGUUCGGUUGAUCAAGUCUCCCGAUGGGGAUGCAUAUUCAAUUGGAGUGAAGCAAAAACGAUUUUUGGCUGACGGAAGUUCUGUAAAUGGUAAGUUGUUUAUUUACUGA